AUGGGCAGCACCACAGAAACCUCAAAUAAUAAGGAGUUGCUCACCUCAUCAUGGACCAGCUACACAGCCGACUUGCGCAACCCAUUUUACAGCACUAGCAGUAGAUUGAUGAUAAGUAUCCCCCUAUCCUCCGCAGACUCCAGCCCGACAGGAACAGGUCACCGGCACCAUUUGUCUGCAUCCCUCAACCGCAUGUACAACCGCGGUCUUAGCGGCAGCCCGUUCACAAUGCACUCCGCCACUUCAUCAAUACGCCUCUCCUCAUUUCUACACCGCCGUCGUCCAUCUGCAGUAGAUCUAGCACUCUGCGAGGAACGUUGCCGCUGCAGUGAGGACUCGAUUGAGAAGAUUGGGCUGGGGCUUAUGGAGCCGCGUCCUGUGGAUCCGAUGCCAAUCCCUACGGCCAUGCCAAUGCCAAUGAUGGUGGGAGAUACGGAUGCGAGCUUGAAUAUGAAUAUGAGUGUGGGGCAGGUGUUUGACUUUGAGCCGGAAGGGGACAGUAGUUACAUUAAUUCGUUGCGGAUAGGGCGUCAGCCGAGAUUUGUUAUGGGGGGGAUUUUUGAGGUUAUGGAGGGGUCGACCUAG